AAAGUGCUACACAGUCUCUGCUUCAUCGGUGGCUGGCAUUCCUCCCCCAGUCCCCGAGGAUGGGCUUAACUGCUUCACGACCAGAGAAGAUCAGCCAUGGCCAACUUUGAAAGAAUCUCUUGAGAAUCUGGAGAAAGAAUAGAAAGAAAUCUCUUGAAAGCCCUUUUGAAAAGAUUGGGUGGCUUUACUUUUGAGUCAGCUGGCUUGUUUUCCUUUUUUUCAAAAUUCCUCAUUCCAAAGAGAGGAAAUUGGAUGAUUUCCCUGGCAGCUAAAAAUCAGUUGUGAAGUCGUGUCCGACCCAUUGCAACUGCAUGGACAAUGUUCCUCCAGGCCUUCCUGUCCUCUACUAUCUCCCGGAGUCCCUUUAAGUUGCCUGUGGAUUAUGGGUACAACUGCCAGCACAGCUCAGCAGACAGUAGCAACAGCAACAUUUGAGAAUAUCCACGGCAGCGGAACCAUGGAGGAUCACCAUUCCCUCAGCAUCCACUCCUUCCAGACCAUUGGCCUCCACAAUAACAAAGCCAAGUCUAUCAUUACUAAUAAGGUGGCUCCUGUUGUCAUUACCUACAAUUGCAAAGAAGAAUUUCAAAUACAUGACGACUUAUUGAAAGCUAGCUAUACUGUGGGGCGGAUUACAGAAGCUACUCCAGAACACUAUCUUGUCCAGGGGAAAUAUUUUAUGGUCCAUGAUGUAUAUGGCAAAGUAGAUGUCCUGAAUACUUCCAGCACUUGUGGGGCUCCCAACUUUCGGCAGGCCAAAGGAGGAUAUGCUGUGUUCGGGAUGGGGCAGCCCAGCUUUGGUGGAUUCAAGCAAGUCCUGCAGAAACUUCAGAAUGAUGGUCAUAAGCAGGAAUAUAUUGUGUUUUGCGUUCGUGAAGAACCUGUACUUUUUCUGCGUAUGGACAGUGAUUUCAUCCCCUACACUCCAAGAGCAAAGGAGAACUUGAAGGAGAACCUACACAAUCUGCAUAGAAGAGUCAGAGUAGAAGACCUGGAAGUCUCUAUUCGAAAAGAGAUACAUGACUUUGCCCAGCUGAGUGAGAAUAUAUAUUACGUCUACAAUGACAUUGAACACUUCAAAGAUGAGCCGCAUUCAGUCAAAAUCUUCUGUGAAGAAGACAUCCAAGUGACAGAGGAAGUGUACAAGAGGCCUGUCUUCCUGCUGCCAUCUUACAGGUACCAUCGGCUGCCUUUGCCUGUAGACAGAGCGCCUUUAGAAACACAGUUUGAUGCUUUCAUCAGUUUCCUCCGGGAAAGUCCAAAUCUGCUCCUUCUCCAAGAUCCCAGCAAGCCACCUCCUGCUCUGGUGUUUAGUUGCCAAACUGGUGUCGGGGCGACCAAUUUUGCCAUGGUCUUAGGAACUCUGGUCCUGUAUCACCGUAAAGGUGGCCUACAAAAACAAGACCUUCCACAGUCUUCCAAAUAUUCACCCAGGGAACAGUUUCGGAUUAUUCAGAACUUCAUUGGCAUGGUACCCAAUGGGCAACAGAUAGUGGAAGAGGUGGAUGCUGCCAUUGCCUUGUGUUCAGAAAUACAUGAUGUGAAGGAAGCCAUCUAUGAAUACAAGAGGAAAUUGGAAGCGAUUGGAGAAGAUUAUCAAAACCAGAAGAACAGCACCAAAGAGUGUUUCCUUCAGAAGACAUUACAGAGACUUGAACGCUAUUUCUUCUUGAUCACUUUCAAUUAUUACCUUCAUGAACAGUAUCCGUUGGCUUUUGCUCUCAAUUUCAGUAGAUGGAUCUGCAGGCACCCUGAGCUGUAUAGACUUCAAGCCAACAUGAAUCUGUCAGAACUUACAAUCACAGCAGAACACAUAACUAAGGGAGUACGCGUCCUGGUUGUGGAUGAACGGUUUUCUCCAGAUGUUCUUAGUACCAUCAAAGACAUGAACGUGGCCAACUUCCGGAGGGUUCCUAAAAUGCCUGUAUAUGGAAUGGCUCAGCCCAACUCCAAGGCAAUUGGGAAUGUCUUGAACUACCUGACGGAUGCAAAGAGGAAGCAUUCUCACAUCUUAUGGAUUAAUCUCCGUGACGACAUAAUUCUAGAAGAGAAUGAACAAACCUAUACCCUACGGGAAACGGGCAAUCUGGAACAGCAGAUAACGGUACCUGUAGCAUCGUCAGAACAACUAGAGAAACUGGAAUCUGUCUUGAAGAACGAUCUGUUGAAAUCCCAGAAACGGAUUGAGGUUUAUUUGGAACAAGAGAAGCAGAUGAAAGUGUUGAAAUCAUGCUUAACCAUGCAGGAGAUAUUUAACCAGCACAAAAGCAAUUGCCAAGGGCUGGCCUACAAACGGAUCCCAGUUCCAGAUUUCUGUGGCCUGAAGGAGAAGGAUUUUGAUCAGAUGCUGGAAGCCAUGAAGGGCGCGCUGGCUGAAGACUCCCACACAGCCUUUGUGUUCAACUGUCACAGUGGCAGAGGGCGAACUACAACUGCCAUGGUUAUUGCUGUCCUCAUCCUUUGGCAUUUCAAUGGAAUCCCCGAGAUCACGGAGGAUGAGUUUGUGAGUGUGCCGGACGCCAAGUACACAAAAGGAGAAUUUGAGGUGGUGAUGAAAAUGCUUCAGAUAUUGCCGGAGGGUCAUCAGAUGAAGAAGGAAGUCGAUAUGGCAUUGGACACAGUGAGCGAAACGAUGACGCCUAUGCACUACCACCUGAGAGAAAUCAUCAUUAGUACUUACAGACAGGGGAAAACUGCAAAGGAGGAAGCAGAGAUACAGACCUUACAGCUAAGGAGCCUGCAAUUCUUGGAACGCUAUAUUUAUCUCAUUCUGUUCAACGCGUAUCUUCACUUGGUGAAAAAGGACUCCUGGGAGAAACCUUUCAGUCUCUGGAUGCAUGAGGUGGCGGCCAAGGCGGGCGUCUAUGAGAUCCUGAACCAGCUGGCCUUUUCUGAAUUUGAAACUCUGGACAGCCAAGCGCUCUGCCAGCUUCGCUAUCGCUGGCAGGAGCAAAGCCGUAGUAUCCUGCCCUUCCGAGGAGAGUUCAUUUAGGACCCAACGUUAUUCAGGACCUGGAGGACUGCAGCACUUCUCCAGAUGUUCUUCUACAUCACCACCUUUCUCUGUUUUUUCUGAAGCUUAUGAAAUACCUGCCUUUAAGAAGGAUUGUGUGCCCAAGAAAAAGAAGUUAAAUGGCCUUGAAGACAUUUUUAGGGUUUCCCCCUCCACCCCAGGUAGAAUAAAAUAAAUUUAAAUAAAGCAGAUACUCUAUACCUUCUCUUGGUCCCCAGGGUGCCACAAAAGACUUUUUCCGAGGACUUGAUGCCCAAGGUAACUUGUAUAUUAUGUAUAUGCAGAAGUAGGAAACGUUUAAUGGGCACUUCCGUGUGGCUUAAGUAUUUCUUGCGUUUGACUCGCAUUGUUUUGUUAUGAUGAUGCCGAUGGACAUUUAUGAUACUUUAAUUGGUAAUCACCAUUGUUGGGACAGUUGUACUGGGCCAAGGAUGGGAGAAGGUUGCCUAUGCUGCCCAAUGUGGACCUUUCACUGCAUGCCUAAGAGGAUACUGAAAUUUCUAGGAUGUCUGGAAUUACACACACACACACACACACACACACACAAACACACACACACACAUACACACAAACAUGGUGCUUAUCUGAACACAGCAAAUGGUUACCAUAUUUUUUGGACUAUAAGACACACCGGACUAUAAGACGCACCUAAAUUUGCAGGAGGAAAAGAAGAAAAAAAUAGUUUUUGGCCUUCGCAUGUCGGAUUUUCGCCCUCCCAGGCCCCGAGAAGCAUUCUGCAGUGCUCCGCACGGCCCAUUUUUGCCAGAAAUGCACCUGUUUUCACUAAAACCACUUGGUUUAAUAUACAAAAGUAUAGGUUGAACCAAUUUUGAACUAUGCCAGCUGCAGAAUAGUACCAGCGCCUGUAUUUCUGGAGUCCCCAGCUCCAAAUUUUCAUCUUUUUUUUCAAAUGCAGCCUACCAGCAACAAUGAAAUGUACUUUUUCGUCUGCAACCAGGUCUGUCCAGUCAAGAAUGUUGUGUAUUCAGUCACCCGUAGCCAGUUUCACAUUAGUUCACAUGACUAAUCUGCAUGUACCAAAGACUAAGUGCGUCUGACUCAGUUUGAUUCAGAUGUGGAAUCCUUUUCUUCUGCCAAGACCGAUACAUAGUACAUGAGAUUUCAAACAGAAAUUGUAGGGAUUGAAUCUGAAGUCAUGCAAUCUGCCACUGAGAGGCAUGUCCCUGAAGUGUCACUUGUAACUCUACUCGUGGGCACCGACGAGUGUUCAAACAAAACCAUGGAAGUCCUAGAAUGGAAAUAGGAAUUCAGAACAUGCUUAUAUGUGUGUAUGUUUUCUGCUCACAGGCUCUUAAGAAGUUGUCUUGCAUAGUUCAAACAAUUCCUAAGAGUAAGAGAAGAGUAAGGCUGUUUAGAGUAGACCAGUGUAUUUUCAACCUUGGCAAUUUGAAAAUGUGUUGGACUUCAACGCCCAGAAUUCCCCAGCCAGCAAGUCUGGCUGGGGAAUUCUGGGAGUUGAAGUCCACACAACUUUAAAGUUGCAGAAUUGAAGGAAAACACUGAUCUAGACCAGGGGUCUCCAACCUUGGCAACUUUAAGACAUGUGGACUUCAACUCUAGCAAUGCUGGCUGAUGAACUCUGGGAGUUGAAGUCCACACGUCUUAAAGUUGCCAAGGUUGGAAAUCCCUGGUCUAGACAAUGUUGCCCAACUUGGACAACUGCAUUUUGGAAGUUUAAAUCCAAACAUGCAGAAGUUGCCCAGGUAAGUAAAUACUGAUCUAGAUCUUAUUUUAUGGACUGUCUCAAGAACUUAGGGCUUGUUUUCCUUCCUACAAGUUCUUUUGUUAAAAAAAAACAAAACAUGAGCUAUUUCAGCCCUAAAAAGUAGUCAGUUGUUCUGGCAACUCUUGUGAGAAGACUCUGUGAUCAUGCACAGACAUUCUUUGUCAUUUUGAGAUCUAGCAGGUGUUCUAAGAUCUCACAAUCGACCAGUCUUCUCUGAGAAACUGCAAAUAUUCCCAGGAUUGAAGGAAUCCUGGUAGCAGCCAGUAUUUAAACCACAGCAGUAGCAAUAAGAGAAACCAGUAGGAAAUCUUAUUGGUAGUAUUAUUAACACAGAAAUUAUUGUAUGAUGUUGAUUCCAGGUUGAAGUAUUUAUUUUCCCUUCCUUGAGCAUAGCAAUGCUGGCAAUCCUCAACUUACAUCUAUUCAUUUAGUGGCCUUUGGAAGUUACAAUGGCACUGAAAAAAAGUGACCUAAGGCCAUUUUUCACACUUAUGACCAUUGCAGCAUCCCAUUGGUCAUAUGAUUCGACUGCUUGGCAACUGGCUUAUAUUUAUGAUGGUUGCAGUGUCCUGGAGUCAUGAGGUCCCCUUUUUAUGACCACCUGAUAAGCAAAAUCAAUGGGGAGAUUCACUUAUCAACAACAUGGCUCACUUAACCACUGCGGCAGGAAAAGUCGUACAAUGGAGCAAACUCACUUAACAACUGCCUUCCUUAGCAAUUUUGGACUCGAUUGUGGUCGUAGGUUGAGGAUUACCUGUACAGCCCUCCAUUUAUGAUAGCAUUUUUAAAAUCAGUGUAUUCAACAGCAGGGCACAUGCGGUAUGAAGAAACCGCAGUUGCUGUUUCUAGGAAAAACAUCCUAAAUCAAGAGCCACCAUCAAAACCAAAAGAGCCAUCUCAAAAACGUCUCGCGAAUUGUCAGAAGAAAUAUUUUAACGUGGAAAUUCAAUUUAGGUCUUCUAUUAUACUGCAAUAAAAGGUUCCUUUUAAGUGGCACAGCCACAAGACGU